AUGAAUACCUCAUACUGUCCAAGUGGUGACAAGUAUAUUGGCGAGGGAAGUGAAAGCUCUCUCACUGCUACUCCGGCUGAUGUACGCUCUGCUCUCUCAUACUCAGCCAUAAGUACAUUUACUCCUGCUACUGCUGUUCUUGGAGAACUGCCCUCGGUAUCGAUCGCGUAUCUUGAACAUUCGACAUGUAAUAUAUAUGACCCACAGUAUGCAAAUAUAGCCGCAUUAUUUGACACUUCUACGUCACAACAAGUUGAUUUAGAAUUACAAAGUCAGUUGAAGACUGCAAGAUAUGCUUUGGAACAAAUCGAUGUUAGUUAUAUUCGAUUCAAGAACCCAGCACAGUCACUAUACACACAACCUAUCUUUGAGUUUACGAACGAUUAUCGAACAUCGAUAUCGCAAAAAAGUCACAUACAGACAAUUGAUCCAAAAGCAUCUAUAGUGGUUGCAAAUCAGUAUAAUCAAGAGCCUCAAUUACCAGUAUCGGGUUCAGUUAACUCUUCAUCAAUAUCAAAGACAACGUUUAACAAUAAUGAAUAUGGAAGUACUUUUAUACUCCCGGCAACAACAUCGGGUGGAACGACUGGUUCAAUUACACGCAACAACGACAACAAUCGUGCAAGUAACACUCGUGCUCCGAAAAAUCUCCCUAAUAACAACAUUAGUGCCGUCAUUCAUAAAAAUUCUGUACAUGACGGUGGAGAUGGAAAUAGACGAUCAGUAUUCAAUGAUAGCCAGAAGAGAGCUAGAGAGCGAGAAGAUGAGAGAAACGGUGAUGCCGCGUUAAACAAAUUAAUAAAUUUUAUAAGCGCAAUAUUCGAAUCCGAAGACUCUUUAUCCCUUACCGACCCGUCCACCACCCUCAUUUCUCCCGCUUUUACACAUGAAAAUCACUUUUUUCUUCCGUCAUCUCUCUCCUCUCAAGAACCGCUUUUAACCACAGAAAUAACCCACAAACUCAUCAAACUCGUAAACAAAGCCAGAAAGUACCAUCGAUUGGAAGACGUAGAAGUAGAGGACUUGUCCCGAGUGUUAAAGAUAUUAGAGAGAGCUAUCAGAGAAGUAGAGGCAUUGGACGUGUUUAAGAAUGUCAAAAUUGGAGGGACUGGUAAAAAUAACAACGGAAAAACUAAGGAAGAGGAGGAUUAUGAGAACGAAGACGAGGAUGUCAAAAUGCAGAGAGUAGAGGACAGGAUUGAAAAGAUUAUGAAUGGAAUUGAGGCGGCUAUUGCUGCAUUUACUAUUAUGACUGGCGGAAAGCUGAGCAAGCAGUUGUAUCCUGAGGACUUGAUUGUAUCUUGUGUAAAUCUUGUUAGAAACCAACUGACUGGCGUGAUAUACAGAGUCUUGGAAAUGAGUGCCAACACAGAUGAACUAAGCAACGAAUCUGAUGCAGGACUAAGAGAAUAUUUAGGAAAAUAUCCUUUUACAUAUUGUUCUCAUCGCCUCUACGAUCUAAUGCAACAGGAAGAGCUUUCUGACAGUGUAGUAAUAACUGUUAGCUUUAUAGCCAUCGGACCCUUUUUCGUAGAUUCAGGAAGCAACAAUGCAAACACUUUCUUUGGCAACAGUGGAUUGGAAGGAGUAAAGCUUGUAGCAUUAGGACUGCUAAGAUCAGUGUUUACCAAUCAUCAUAAACAGAGGACGUGGAUAUUAGAGGAAAUUUUGACAUCUUUGAUCAAGUUGCCUACUGCAAAGAGAAAUUUGAGACAGUUUAGAUUGCCUGACGGUAAAUCUAUUCAGAUGGUAUCCGCUCUCAUUCUCCAAUUGGUUCAGAGCUGCACUGCUGGACUCGGGGAGCAUAAACAAAAAUCAGUUGGAGAAGAUGGUGAAGGAGUGCUACUAUCUGAGAUUGACAGAACGUCAAAUGACUUCAAAAAGAUUUCACGUUCCUGGAAAUCCGGAAUCGAUGCUGCAAGCGCAAAUGCAGGAUACGUUUUUAAAUUCCUCCUAUCACGAUGUACCAAAUCUAUAAAAAACUCUAACGAGUCUGAAUACAGACUGCUGCUCGAUAAUUUUAUGGAAGAUGUAAUAACGGUCCUUAAUUAUCCCGAGUGGCCAGCUGCUGAAAUGUUUGUGAGAAUAUUUAGCAAGAUAAUGGUUGGAUACAUUGAUGAUAAGAAGGCGGAUACAUAUACAAAAUCAAUGGCGAUAGACCAUUUAGGAAUGAUAGCAGGAAGAAUAAAAAAAUAUGCGAACAACGGAUUAUCUUCUUCUGAAGGAAUGCAAGAAGAUAAUAUGGAUGAGAGAGAUCUUAGUUGGAUAGAUAGAAUGAAAGACAUUCCUAAAGGAGAGAUAACUAAUGUUACUAGUGUAGCUGCCGUAAAGAAUUUAUGGAAAUGUCAGAAGACUGUACUGACAUAUUUGGAGAUUGGUGCUUUGGAAGAUCCUGGGCUGCAGUCUGCUAGGCAAUUUUACAUAUCAGAAUGGGGAUAUUCUUUAUUGAGUACGCUCAUGUCAAUAGAUGAUCAAUCGUCAGAUUUGAUGAUAAAAGACUUCUGGCACACUUCUGUUGACGAACGCGAUAAUAAACAGUUAAUUGGGCAUAGAUCGCAAGAAUUAGAUCGGUCCGACGUUCUAUUAGUCACUGAGCUUCUGGCAACCAGACAAUCUCUAUAUCAGAGCUUUGAUUCUAUACUUUCGCGAAUUCUGGUGUCCUUAGAUUUGGGCGUAGUUGCGUUCAGGACAAAAGCAUUGCGAGCAUUAGGGCAAGUAGUUAUCUGUGAUCCUAGUAUACUAAGUCAGGUUAAUGUUCGUCAAACUAUAGCUCAGAGGCUGCAAGACAGUUCACCAGCUGUACGAGAUGCAGCCAUUGAUCUUGUUGGUAGAUACAUUGCGCAAAAGCCAGAAAUUACCGAACAAUAUUACAAAGUGAUAAGUGACCGAAUUUUGGAUGUCGGUCUAAGUGUCCGUAAAAGAGUAAUAAAACUGCUUCGCGACAUUUACCUCAAAUGCACCAAUCGCUCAAUGAUGGUCGAUAUAGGAUGCAAAAUACUUCUCCGAAUUAACGAUGAUGAUCACCAUGUCAAAGACUUGGCGCUGAAAACCAUACAAGAGCUUUGGUUCGCCCCAUUUAAACAUCAGAGAUCAAUAAACAUUGAAACGGAUGAUAUAGCAGAGGAUGAUGACGUACCUAAUGAAUUUGCCAACAUGUCUCUUGUUGGUAAGAAAGAGGUGCUCAACAGAAGUCUUUUGAUCGUUGGUGUUGCUGGCAAGUUGGGUGAACGCAACGGGGCCAUACUUGGAGGCCUGUUCAAGAAGAUACUUGACAAAGAAGGAAAGCAGAAACGAGAAAUCUUAAAUAUUUGUCAAUGCAUGGUCGAUUGUCUUUUUGAACAUCUUUUGACAUUACAAGACGCAAACUCAAAGACUGAAGUCGUGGGGUGCAUAAGUACAAUAUGUCUUUUGAGCACUGCUUCUCCGAUCCUCGUUCGCCGUCACGUGGUAACUCUCCAGCCGUAUCUAAAGAGUGCUAGUACGCCAGAAGAUCAGUUGAUUCUGUACUAUGUCCUAAUGAUAUACAGAAGUGUCCUCCCGUUGCUAAAGCUAGCCAAUCAAAAGUUUUUGAGCGAUGUCGAAGAGGCGUUGGUCAAUUUGUUGACUAAAAGCUCGCAGAAGAUUCUACAAGAAGCUGUUCCUUGUCUCUGUCUGAUAGUCGAUAAAUUAACCUUUAAAUAUUAUCUAUUGACAAAGCUGCUUCGAUCAUGUGUUGAAAAGUUAAGACUGGAACGAAAACGAUUAGACAACGCUCAAAAUUUAUCAUCCGUUGCCAAUGUUAAAUUGCUGCUCUUAAUUAUUGGAUUACUUUGCAGAAACUUUGAUUUUGACAAAAAACGACAAGAGAAACCAGAUAAAUUAAAGGAUCUUCUUUUUAUCGAUAAGGGUCCCAUAAUUCCAAUAGUUUUCGAGCUGGUGCUAUCCUUUUGCAAGGAAGCACUUUCCGAAGCUGUUCAAAAGGUGGCCCUUCAUAGCCUCGGUUCUAUUUACCUGUCUAACCCGAUUAUCAUGCUCCGGCCGGAGAGUACUGGCCUGAUGGACAGGAUAUUGCGGGGUGACGUUAUGGAUAUGAAAAUUCAGUUGAUGAAGGUGUUUCUGGACUUUUUGGUUGGAGAACAGCAAAAGAUUAAUUCUGACCUUGAAGAGAAAAAAAAGAAAAAAAAUACGCCCGUGGAUCUGAAAGUGUUAAUAGGGAAUGCUGACGAAUUUGCUGAGGCUGGUGUCAGCAGCUCUCUAAUGCAACGAUAUCUCGAAAGUAUACUCGAAUGCACGUUUGAUCACAAUCAAAAUUUGAAAAUUGUUGCGCUGGAUGUACUUGGCAAUAUUAUUCAACAAGGACUCGCUCAUCCCGUUCUUUGCAUGCCGACGAUAGUCGCCCUGGAGACAAGCCCCGAAACUGUCUUUCGUGAUAAGGCUUUCAAACUACACCAACAUCUCAAUGAAAAACAUGCCUCGUUGAUACAUACACGGAAUGUUGAUUGUGUUAGGAAAGCGUAUGCUUUUCAAAAGCAGUUGAUGGGUGAUCAGCCUGUAGUUGGUUACGCUACGCGUUCUCAAGAAGGUCAGCCCGAAGCACUGUUGAAUCUAAUGUACUGUCUACUACGCGAGAAACGACAACGUCGUAAUGAUUUUCUUAGCUCAGUCGUCAAAAUAUUCGACUUUGACUUGAAAAAAUGUGACGAAUGCAAGGUCGAUAUUGGUUUUUGCAAGUUUGUGGCAGAGAAUCUCGCGACGAUCGAUUAUAAGACGAAUGAAGAAGUACUACACGUGAUAUACUGGAUCAACAGAGUACUCUCGGUAGUAGCAAUAAGCGUAUUACACUCGAUCCAAGCCCAUGAAAAGACGCUUGUGGUUGCGGAUAAAGCUGAAGCCGCUGUUGACACGGUAACGAACGUGUCCGGAUCAAUUCUAGAAACGUUACCACAAAAUGGAGACUUUUCAAAAUUUGGGAACGCGGCUAUCGUAACCAACAAUAUAGAUGGUGGAAUGAGUAGUAACAACGUCGUGAGCACGGACAAUCACGUGGACAUUAACGCAAGGAGUGAUAAUAUGAACAACAGCAUUCAAUUUGUUUUCGAUAGCAACAUGGGAGAAUUGGGCAUCAAGACUGAAGAUGUUCGCAGAGAUUUGUUACUUCCAAGUGCCACCGUCGAAACAAUGCAUAUUGGUAACGAUCUCGAUACAGCGGGAAAGAGUUAUGUCAAUGAUCAAAAGGACUUUCAACUUAAUGAAAAGAAAACAGAUGAAAUAAAGAGUGAAGAGGAUGGAGAACAAAAGUAUAAUGCUGACGCUUCAGUAGCAAAACAAGAAAUAGAGACUAUAUUACCUUUGCCAUUUGCAGCCAGGGUCUCAGUGUGCAUGGCUAUUUUGAUGUAUCUUAAAGAACAUCUGAAGAGGGCAUAUUCUCUAAGCGAAAUUAAAUGCCAGAACUUUAAUCCGGCAACUAGUAGUAAUCACAAGGACAAGCCAGCAAUUCGUCAUCAGAAUGCAGCAUCAGUGAUAUCAUGGAAGCAGCUGCCGUUUGUUGAUAAGCCUAUGGACACUAAAGAAGCUGUACAGCAACAAUGCGAAUCUUUCCAAAAACUUAUGUCUGAAGAUGGAACCCAAUCCGAACCAUUCGCCGAAGCUGAAUAUCUCGAUCUCGACUUUGACGCCCGUCAUACUUCAUUUCAUAUUAAUACUGAAUUUGAUGUCAUGAUGUCAUCUAACUUCCAGUCUGCAAAGAAACCAGUAAAGCGAGUUAGUUCUGGACAUAGAGGGCGGCCCAGAGGGAGCAAGAAACGUUUUGUUACAGAACAAGGUGGAAAGAAAGGAGCAAGGAAGAAGAAGAAAAUAAUUGAGGGUGGAAGUGGAGAAGAUGAGGACGAUGGCAUGGGAGAGUGA